AUGCCUUACAAAAUCAUUGAAGGCGUAUACACCAAGGAGAAUUACAGUCACAACAACUUCCCUGUGUAUCGGCGAGAAAACGGCAAUCUACUGUUUUACUAUAGUAAUACAUCCACGGAAGACGAAAAACGUUUGAUUUUUGGACUUAAUCCAAGCGACUACUUUGGCGUCGCUGCUCAUGUUUAUAGCACUGUUGAUCCUGUGUCGUGGCUGACUUCCGGGAGUUUGAAUAGAAGUGAUGUCUUUGGAGGAUUAAUAAGCUUUUGGCAGUUUUGGAACAUGAGCAAUAAAAGCAUUGGCUAUGUUACAGUUAGUAGUUCGUCGCCUAUGAUUAAAGCUGUAUGCGUGGAUGAAGAUUUCAGGGAAUGUAACUCGGACAGACUUUACUUGAAUGUUAUGUUUACCGAUGGAAAAGGAAAUGUUGUAAACGAUCACAUUCGAGAUUAUUUUCUUCGCAAGCCAGGUGUCUUCCGUAACCUUCGUCCUUUGUAUGACCACAGUAGACAAAAGUGGUACCUUCAAUACAACCCAGACGGCUUCUGGGUGGUAACUGAAAAGUACGCACCGAGUUGAUUACUCGAUAACCAGUCCGGAAUAUCCCUAAAUUUAAGGACAGGGCCAACUGGGUCACGCGACACUUUUCAACCAAUGAGAAGGCGCGCUUGUGUUAAUCCACGAGGAGCCGCAAGGGGUGAUAUUUUUGCACGGCAUCUGGCGGCACAUCAAAGAAUUUGGAAUUGAAGGGCAAAUUCCUAGAAUAUCUUCGCCAGUUAAGCUAGAGAAAAGGUGUUAGAAAACCUCAGGAUCCAAAACAACACGUCAAUCAAAAUAUCACUUGGACCUUUUCGCUAAUGAAGAGCUAUCACGCGGCUAAGCUUGAAUUAGACAUAUAUUGAAAUAGGAACUCGUGUCAAUAAAGUAUCAGAAGUGAGCGGGAAUCGCUCCUGGUUAGAAAACUGGUUCACAGGGAUAUGCAUCUCUUCUAGUUAAGAGAAGGGAAUCAGAACUGCUUUUCAUGCAGGAACAGGUUUUCUUCGGGCUAACUACAAAACCUCAGCUUAUUUCACUCCUUGACAUUGUCAAAGCGCAUUUUGUAAAGAUAACUUUUUCCGCUUUAUGAGCUUUUUUUAUAUUCUAUUCCAUAAAUGUUUAACCUCCCUCAAAAAGCCAAGUAAUAUAAAUGCUGUUGUUAAAAAAAGCGUUUUACUUGUUUACGUGAAUUCGCUACCCAAAGAUCACUAUGCUGAAAGGACAGGGCAAAAUUUCCAGGAGAGAGGCAUUAAUUUUUUUUCCCACGAGGUUACAAAGAGAAAAUGCAAUGAUUAUUAUUAAUGUAACCAUCAGGUAUACUCUACCCACGAGUUUACGGACAGCAAAUGCAGUGAUUAUUAUUAAUGUAGCCAUCGGGUAUAUUCUACCCACGAGGUUACAAAGAGAAAUGCAAUGAUUGUUAUUAACGUAACCUUCAGGUAUGUUCUACCCACGAGGUUACAGAGAGCAAAUGUAGUGAUUAUUAUUAAAUGUAACCGUCAGGUAUAUUCUACCCACGAGGUUACAAAGAGAAAAUGCAAUGAUUAUUAUUAACGUAACCUUCAGGUAUGUUCUACCCACGAGGUUACAGAGAGAAAAUGCAGUGAUUAUUAUUAAAUGUAACCGUCAGGUAUAUUCUACCCACGAGGUUACGGAGAGCAAAUGCAGUGAUAUUAUUAAUGUAACCAUCAGGUAUGUUCUACCCACGAGGUUACAAAGAGAAAGUGCAAUGAUUAUUAUUUACGUAACCUUCAGGUAUGUUCUACCCACGAGGUUACAGAGAGCAAAUGCAGUGAUUAUUAUUAAAUGUAACCGUCAGGUAUAUUCUACCCACGAGGUUACAAAGAGAAAAUGCAAAGAUUAUUAUUAUCGUAACCUUCAGGUAUGUUCUACCCACGAGGUUACAGAGAGCAAAUGCAGUGAUUAUUAUUAACGUAACCUUCAGGUAUGUUCUACCCACGAGGUUACAGAGAGCCUGCAAAUGCAGUGACAAUUAUUAGAUUUUAGUGCAACUAUCAGGUUGAGUUCCUCCAUUAAAAGAGUUUUUUUUGCUAGGGUUAAACAAGUUUGGCUUUCAUGAGUUUCAAGGUGCAAGAAAUUAUCAGUAUAAUUAUAGCACACAAACAUUGUCAUCUAAUUUUUCGCACGUAGCCGGAAUAAGCCAAGAAAUGAAGCAUAUAUAACGAAAAAUCGUUCUCAGAUGAUCUCCAUAUUAAAUAAAUUAUACUAAACGUUGCGAAAGAAAUUAUUGUUCGUAUCCGUCUUAUCCAUCGUAAAAGCGAGGGGUCAUCGCAUGACAUCCGGUAUAUUAAACAGAGGUAAUACUCACGGGUUUCACGAGUUGUAUGCACUAUUUUUCGCCGAGAAACAAAUUUAAACUUCAAUUCUUACCUUACAGUAGUCCGUUCUUUUACCUUGCAUUCGACAACAAAUCUGUUAAAGGCGAACAAAGCGAUUCCGGCACUCUUCUUUAUGAUGAGAAGCAAGCAGCAGGAACUGAAGCCGCUUGACUGAAGUAAAAUCCACCGAUAUGCACGGCAUUCUCACUACAAAUAUAAACAAACGUUGCGGGGAAAAAAAGACGAGGAGGAAAAAAUGCCAGAUCUUCGCCUUGGCAAUGUAUUCCAGCUACCAUGCCGGCGUAUCUCCAGAAGGUGGACUCGAAGUGAGACAAACCUUGUGAAUUUUUUUAGACGCCCUUUGCGCGCAAACUAAUUUAUUCUGGCGCGAAAUGAAGAUUAACAAUAGGUAUACUGAAAUCUAAUCCACGACAAGAAGAUUUUCGCACUGUAGCGCGACAUAUUAAAUGCCUAUUUUUACAAGUAUGCGGAGAAAGUGGUCCACUAGUUUAACUUUUUUAAGAUGAAUUUACUCCACAAAGGCAAAAUGAAUGUUUUAUCUCUAUGUUGUUUACGUGCCGGAUUAGAAGGCAGAAGUAAAUUCAUCAUACAGACCCCAUCAAAAUGAAAGUACACGAAUGAAACGGAAUAAGUCUGGAACGGUUUAGUUUCUACUCGGCAGCUUCUUUGCUUUUAUAACAAAAAUUUAAUGUUGCAGUCUGUUUUAAACGUUGGCAUAUCAACGCGUACAGUCACUGAAUGAAAACAACAGUCACGAUCACGUUCUUCGAAACCGACCAGACGCGCGCGACCUACCACUGUUAUGGCAAGCAAUUAUCCUGAAGGUGUUAAUGUUCCCGUGACAGUCUUCGCACUGAAGGUGUAAAUGGUAAACCGAACGGUCGCUUUGAUCAUCAGAAAGACCUGUCAACUUUGAUGAUUUAACUGAUUAAAUUACGGGACAGAAAUUUUACUCCUUGCGGCUCCUCGUGAAACAAAUCAAAACAUCGUCCCAGUGAUCAAAAAUUUUCAAAACAACGGACGGAGUCGGACAGAAUCAGUCAUCGUUUCGAGGCUCUCAGGCAUAUUUUUAAGACUUUUCAUGAGGCAUACACAAUUUUUUUAAGUGGACAGCGUAUCGGAAGCCAUAUUGGAAGUGUCUCGUGAAAUAUUCAGCACAUUUUGUGGCUUAUUUCUUCUUUUAAACAACGCGAUGUAUAGGCGAGAUUUUGGUCGGUUUUCAAGGUAGGUGAACAAGUAUCUAUUAUUUUUUCGAUUCACAGAUUUUUUACGAAGUUCUAGAUAUUUUUCCUCGAUUGUCAUAUCGAUUAACUUUUAUCAUGUCAAAUGUGGGGAUGGUAGACAACCUAGAAUUUUGGUAGAUAAUUUUUGAAUUCCGAGAUCCAAAACACGUACGUUUUCCACUCCCGGGUUUCUCACAGAGCCGUGUUAUUACUUUUUUCAAAUUAGUACGAGCCUUUGCCUUUUUUCUUUUCAAGGCCAAAACAACUUUAUUAGUGUUAUGGAUAUUCACGUCCAACAUCUCGCCUCACUUUGCCGAAUUUGCGGGCAUGAAAUUGAAGAUCAUUAGCGCAAGGUAGAUAUUAACCGCUUUGUUUCUGAAAUUCACUAAUCUGGAAAGAUUUAUGUUGUUGGAUUCUCCAAAUGUUCAUCCACCGUUAAAAAACAAUCAAAGAAAGAAGGCAAAUCUCAAUUGUAAAUGAUGUAUUUCGCUACUCAUUGAACAUGCACUGAUUAUCUGGGAUAAAAUUAAAACAUUGCAGGUACUGCAGCAAGCAAAGAAAGCACCAGAUGCGUGAAGUCAACACGAAACAACACAAAAAAACAAACAAGAAAAAUUACUAAAUUUGAACUCCUUUCUAUUCUUGUUAUGAUGACUGGUUCUUUGAUUCUUGUCCUGUAGAAGUUAAUAGGUAGUACCAAUCCUGUUUUGUACGAUCUCAACAAAUUUUCACACUCUAAGGCUAUUUUUACACGGGACCAGUUUUGCUUCUAUCAAAAAUCUUGCAAGCCAUGCCAGUGAAGCCACGACCUCUUCGAUCGGUCCGGAAUCAGUUCCAACACCCCAAUGAUUCCUUGCAAUGAUUAAUGCUCUUAUUCUCUUACAUGAAGUGUUUUCUUUGAAAUAUUAAAUGUGAAACCUAGACGAGUACUGUAAGCUCAUCUUCAAUUCUGUCCGACUCUGUCCGUUGUUUUGAAAAUUUUUUAUCACUGGGGCGAUGUUUUGAUUUGUUUGUUGAUAAACACAAGUGCGCCUUCUCAUUGGUUGAAAAGUGUCGCGUGACCAGUUGGCCCUGUCCUUAAAUUUAGGGAUAUUCCGGACUGAUAACGUUUUUAUCAAGACUAAAGAUUUCGCCCUGCGACCAGAGUACAUCAGCAAGACUUGGUCGGUCCAUGAUAACAAUGGAUGGCGGGAUAUGCCUAAUCUUAGACUCUUGUGUAGAGGAGUAAAUUCGAUGUUAAAUACUUGUCCAUCGAAGCCAUGUGAUAGCAAAGCUACCUGCAUCUACACUUUCGGUAAGGAGACACUUUGUCUCUGCCCUUCCGGUUACACCGGCGUGACAUGCUACACUAACAAGCCAUGCCGCUCGAACAUCAUAGCUGGAACAGAGCUGAAAUUUGCAUAUUUUGGAAAUAGGCCUGGCGAUCUCGGCUUAUUUUUCUGCAGGGGAAGGUAUCCUUCUGUAAGGCUUGCCCUCUGUGUGGAUAGCAAAUACAGCGCUAAGUGGAGUAGACAAGGGAGAGCCUGCCGUGGAGGGAAUACUGGCAGCGAUUCUUUUCCCUGGACACCCUGGUACAGAAAAACCACAGAGAGGUCCUCGUAUCAACGAACCGACACCACAAAUCAACUUCCCACUGCACAAACUAGUCGUGUCGACUUUGAUGCCAACCCUGUAAUCUUUCCCGUGGUCCUUUCUUCUUUCGUGCUUCUAAAAUUGCUCGUGCCAUUUAUCAUCUACUGCUGCGCCGUGUGUAAGAAAAAAAGUAAGGAAGACAGAGAAGAAAGGGAAGAUGCGAGGAGGUUACAGGAAGAUGACGGGGAAUUAGGAACGAGACUGGAACAAGUUGUUAGGGCCGGGAGUCAAAUGGAACUUGACAGUGGUAUCCAGGAUUACCAACCCACCGUCCAGGAAUACCAACGUCAAAAUGGAAACAGAAAAAUGAGCCGCAAAAGAGGAUUGUACAGAGAUGCAAGUUUAUGGCGAAUCUUUUCCAUGCUGUUGUUUUUUUACUUUCACCUGUGGGUGGUGUACCUGGUGGGUUGUGAAAUUUCCCAGUGUACUCGAUACGGACGUAGUUUCGUCUACUUAAAAAUCUUUGGAAUUGCAAUGCUGUGGUUCUCGUCUGUGUACAUUUUCAUAGAAAGCAUCUUCUCUCGUGAGUUGGAUUACUUAAGAAACAUUAUGCAGGACGAGACCGCUUGGGGCUACAUACAAAAACUGCAUCAACUCGAACCCAGAAUUGACAUGGUCGUGGAGUGCUAUCAUCCCACACGUGAUCAUUCAAAAGUUCUGACAUUCGUGGACCGCAAAACAUUCUCGUUCGGCUCGUGGGUUGAUGUUUCUGAAAGAGAAAUCCCAACAGUGAGUACCGUGUGGCUUACUCGAGUAAGAAUCGAUCCUUAUGUCUUGUUCGGUGACCAGGAGACAGCAGAUAGUUAA